AAAACCAAACCAGGGUAGAUGAAACUCGAUAGCCUUGACAGGCCAUUCAUCUGGGACAAGGACAGUCUGAUGUAAAACCUACGACUUGAGGACCUCGCUGUCACCGUCCCAGCUUGCUGACAGACAAGACAGCCAUGACAGAUGAACAGAUGACACAGAUGACAGUGUAACGGGUGGGGCCAGGACUGCGCACACUGUACUCCACCUUAAAAGUCCAUUGCGCUGGCUCGAAGGACAUGCCCACGUUCACGACGCCACCAACUUUACCAAGCCCUGCAGCAACGGAAAAGGGGCGAAAACGGCAGGUGGAAGUCACUGGAAGCCACAGUUCCAAUCCUGCAUGCAGGCAGUUCAGGACAUUGGUCUCCUGAUGUUGACCCGGAGAUGACAGCAUCACUCGGCAGCACCCUGAACGACCAAGCAGCCUUAUCUAGGGACAGCACUGCUUGCUCCAUAUGGAGAGGGGCCAAGAAAAGGUGGCCUAACCAAAGCUUGUCUCUCAUCCGCCAGUUGGCUUGCCGCGGUCAACAGGCAUCUUCUCAUGCGGUCGAACAACAACAAAGAAAUGAAGGUACGCACCCACCUGUAAGGGUGCAAAAACAAUGAGACUGGCAUGCUGGAACAUCAGAACCAUGCUUGACCAAACUGACACAAACUGACCAGAAUGUUGCUCUGCUCUGAUUGCGCAUGAACUGUGAAGUUUGCUUCCCAGAAGAAGGCAGCCUACAGGAGCAUGGCGCUGGAUACACCCUCUUCUGGUCAGGGAAACCUGCAACAGAAAGGCGUCUCGCUGGCGUUGCUUCAUGCUCAGAACCUCCAUCGCAUCCAAGCUGGAAAACCUGCCAUCUGGUCUUUACAACCGCAUCAUGUCCAUGCUCCUCCCACUGGAGAACAAGCAGUAUGCAAUGCUUUUUAGUGUGUAUGAUCCGAUCUUCAAGCUGAGUCUGCAAAAAAAGACUGAAAAAGUUUUACUCAGAACUCCAUAGCCUUCUCUGAAGCACCCCUGCAGACGACAAGCUAUCAAUUCUCUGCUACUUCAAUGCUAGAGUGGCCCAGACACAGUUGCCUGGAAAGCAGAACUUGGCAGACACAGAGUUGGAAACUGCAACGACAAUGGGCGCUUGCUGCUGGAGUUCUGCACAAAGCAACAACUUGUCAUCACCAACACAAUCUUUCAGCAAAAGGACAAUCUGGAUGCAUCCUCGGUCUAAACACUAGCACCUCAUUGAUUAUGUUCAAGUACGUCCUCGAGACCUCAAACACAUCAUGCACACCAGAGUGAUGCCCAGUGCAGAAUGUCAUACUGAUCAUUGACUAGUGCGCUGCAAACUCAGGAUGCACUUCAAACCUAAGCCAAGGAAGGGAAGCCCACUAGAAAACGUUCAAGCUCAGCAAGCUACAGUCAGCUGAAGUGAAAGCUGACUUCCAGACAGGCUUACAGGCCAGGCUUGGAAACAACAGCUGCCCAGAAGAUUCCUCUCCCGAAACACUCUGGGACCAACUGAAAACUACCAUCCUGCAGACAUCUGAAGAAGUCCUUGGGUUUACCACUAAAAGAAAUUGGUUUGACGAAAACAAUGAAGAGGUCCAGACAUUGCUAGCAAAGAAGAGAUCAGCCCACCAGGCCCACCUGGCUGUCCUGUGAAGAAAGCUGCCUUUCAUCACAUCUGCAACAUCCUCCAGCUCAAGCUUUGAGUGAUGCAAAAUGAUUGGUGGAUCAACCUUGCAGUAAGAACUCAGCAUUGUGCAGAUGCUGGUGACUUCAGAGGCUUCUAUGAAGCUCUCAAAACAGCGUAUGGCCCCACACAUCAGGCCCAGAGUCCUUUGCGCAGUGCAGACGGACAGGCACUCUUAUAGACAAGGCACUCUUCAGUGCUGAUUGAGUUGUCCACGACUCAGCGUUACUCCGCAUCUCUCAGCUGCCAGUCACUAUGCAAGAACUUACUAAAGCCAAAGAGCAGUUGAAGAGUGGCAAGGCAGCAGGAGUUGAUGGAAUUCCACCUGAGUUUUGGAAACGUGGAGGCCCAGCGCUACGCAGCAAGCUCCACAAACUCCACAAACUCCUUGUCUGUUGUUGGGAGCAGGGCAAACUGCCAAGAGACCUCCGCGAUGCAGUCAUUACUACCUUAUAAAAGAACAAGUGGGAAAAGUCAGACUGUUCCAACUACCGGGGGAUCACUCUGCUCUCCGUUGCAGGAAAAAAUCUUUGCUUGUGUGCUCCUGAACAGGCGAGUACCUAUCAUCGGUGAAGACCAGCUCCCACAAACCCAGUGUGGCUUCAAAGCGGGGUGCCACAGACAUGGUUUUCAUCCUCCGACAGCUCCAAGAAAAGUGUUGGGAGCAGAACAAAGGACUGCAUGUAACGUUUGUCACCUUAACCAAGACACGCAGGCCACCAUCGGUGACGAGCGCUCCUACCAGACAAACACCAAAAUAAAGACGGAGUUGCCGACCUUCAAGGCCGAAGCAUCAUCGCCACAGCCCUGCACGGCCGAGGACCAGACUGAGCCUGUGGACUUGUCUCUCAACAAAUCGCGCUCCUCUUCGGUGCCCACCCCCACGACCAACACCACCACCAACCCAGCUCCAGGAAACGCUGUGACACAGCCCAACCUGUCUGCUACACCGGUCCCAUCGGCGGUACAGUCCAUAGGCUCCAUGGUUCUGUCCCCAGGAUCCAUUUUAGCCACGCAAGGUGCCGGUGGACAACAAAUACUCCACGUCAUCCACACCAUCCCCUCAGUGAGCAUGCCCAGCAAAGUGGGCCAGUUGCAGACCAUCCCCGUGGUGGUGCAGUCUCUACCAGUCGUCUACACAGCCAUGCCCACAGAUGGUGUGGCGACCGCUGCCAUCACGGUUCCCCUCAUAGGUAGUGACGGACGGUCAGAAGGAACAGUUCGUAUUAAGCCAGGUUCGACAUCUCCGGUGGAAUAUCGAAGCGAGAGCGAUGCAGAGAGUGGUACUGAGUCUGGAUCGGCCUCCCUAAGCGCCCAGAGCCUGGACACGGGAUCAGUUAUGGACUUGGAACAUGUUGAUUCAGACUCUCCAGACAUCAAACGGAGGCGGAUCCACAUGUGUGACUAUGUAGGCUGUAAAAAAGUUUACACUAAAAGUUCCCACCUCAAAGCUCAUCGGAGGAUACACACAGGUGAGAAGCCCUACCACUGCACCUGGGAGGGCUGCACCUGGCGCUUCGCCCGUUCCGACGAGCUGACCCGGCACUUCCGCAAGCACACAGGAAUCAAACCUUUCCGCUGCACCGAGUGCGACCGCUCUUUCUCACGCUCUGACCACCUGUCUCUGCAUCGCCGUCGCCAUGUCAUGAUGUGAACUUUCAACUUCCAUACCCGAUUCACCUCGCCCCCCAAUUCCUUAUAAAACAAAACAUUGUGAUGUCACAAAAGACCGUCAGUACAUCCUGCACUGGAGGCUACACCUCCUUAAUUCUCAACAUCUUCAUCUGGAAAUUUUGCAAGAAUCCGAAAUGCGUCACUAUUAGUGGAAGCUUCCGGAAUGGUGUUCCGUCCUUCCAUCCAAUGUUGGGUUUCACCUCAGUAACUCAUUCUUUUCCAAAUAUUUCGUUGCAGAAAAUUCCACUUUUAAUCAAAAUCAUUUUUUUUCACAUUUGUUUGAAACGCCCCAAUCCUCAGCUGAGGUGAUUUUUAUUUUUGAAAAUUGACAUCCCCAUCCUUUCUGGUGCAAGGCUGUACAAGACUGUGAACUUUUGUAUUAAUUAUUAACAGUCUUUUGCAUCUUCCUCUCCUGCACAUACAACUUUCUUCUUCUUCUUUAAUGAAAAAAACAGUAUUUUGUGUGUUAUAUUGUUGCCUUCAGUUUUGACGUUUUUGGCUCUUUUGUGAUAGUUGUUAAUUACUGAUCACUCGUUGUCUUUUAAAGGCUGUGAAAGAAAUAGACAAGAGAUUACACGAAUUCUAUCACAGGGAAUAUGGGAGUGUGUGUGUGUGUUUUGUGUUUGAGUGUGCAUGUUUUAGAUAAACACACAAAACAUAAUUUACCUUAUUUUCAAAUUUGCGUUCAAGGCACUUUGACGUCUUUUGCUUGGUGAGCCUUAAUCACAGAAGUCAAUCUUGAAAAAAUAAAUACAGUAAAUAAGGGUGAAACUUUGAACAACUGACAGCGUAUGCACAGUUUGUCAGAAAUCUUGAUCUUUGCAUUGUAAGCUUCCAUCUUUUUUAAUGUUAUGGAAACUAGUUGGCGAUGUAUCGCAUCAUCAAUUACAUUAUUGCAAAGAGUUACAUUCCAACUCUUCCAUAGUUUUGAUGGCGAGGGUCACUGUUGCCUCUUGUGGUUCAUAUUGGUACUACAAGCAUGUCACACCAAUAGGUCCCUGUAUUUUAACAAUUACAGACCUUUCAAAUUGAGAUCCCGCAAAAUCACCACUUCAGUUGUAAGAGCAGGGGUCAGUAAAAAAAGUUGACUUUUAUGCCAGUUUUGGCACACAAAGCAAUUGCUAAGAUCUUUAGCUUCAAUAAAAAAUAUACAAUUUUCACUUCUUCCAACCCCUUUAAAUUAGCUUGAAACUAAAAGUAAUUAAAUAAAAGGACAUUCUCAUAUUUAUACUCUCAUAUUUAGUUAACCAAGUAUUUAGCGGGUGAGCAAGCACAACUCCAUAGCUCACAAAUGCUGGAUCCAGCCAUAGUUUUACUCUUUUACUCAUAGUUAUUUACUCUUGCGUGCAAUGUUUUGCGAUUUGAAGAGCAACGGAUAAUGUUGGACCACUGUCAGUGGUUCUGGGAGACACCAGGCACUGUGUCGGGCUGCCAAGGUGGAAACAAAUGAGGAGACUAAGGCCCUGUCCACACGUAGUCGGGUAUCUCAUCAAACAGAGUUAUUUUUCCACAAUUUGGCCUGUCAUCCACAGGAGUCCGCAGAUAUUUGGUACUAAAAACGGAGGUUUUCCAAAUCUCUGGCCAAAGUGUGGAUUUGGAGAGAAAUAUGAUUAUGUGUUUAGAUAUGAUAAAUAAAUGGAGUUUUACGUUUCCCAGUAACACCGUGGAUGCCCUCAGAACUGUGUUGGUUGUAGCUAUUUUUCAAGCCCCUUUUGCUUGCUUGUAGUUGCCAGCCCAAAUAUUGCCUCACUUUAAAGAGCAGAGGCGAAGAAACACUUUGAGGUCGGCCAUCUUCACUCACAAUAAUACACAACAAUGGCAAAAUAUGGUUUAAGCUGCUUUUCUGCUUUUGCAUUCUCACCAAUUUGUUGCACAAACAACAUUGUGCACCUCUGAGCCACACCCAAAGUUGUUAAAAAUCACCCAAUCUUUUUUUAGGGCUUUUUUUGUCGUUUGUGACUACUUUCUGUUCAGCAUCCCUUUUUGGCUUCAACUAACGACGACAAAACAAAAAAUAAGCACAUCUUUCUAUAAGAGUAUAUGCAUUUGAUGGCAAUGUUUCUGUUGAUAGGAACAUGAAAGUACAAUGAUCAUAAAUAAUGAAGAGAUAGAAAAAAUGACAUGUACAUAAAUGUAUAUAAUCAAAAAGUGCAAAAAGAGUAAAAGUAAUGGGUGAAGUUCUAUUUUUAACACUGACUAUAUAAUGUGAACAUAAUUAUUUCACCCCAUCCUCCUCUUUGUUGGUUUCAUCAUGACUUCUUUUUACAGAAUUAGUUUUUAUAGUUUCUUACAAAUAAUAAUAAUGGUCCCACUUGUUGUGCAUACUUGUGUUGCAUGGAGGGUUGCUCUCGUUUUUACAUUAGUAAAGUUGGUGAGCAUGUGUCUGUGCUAGACAUCAGAAUUGCCCUCAACGACAUGAAGAAGAAAGAAAAAUGUUAAAAGUUUGAUAUUCUGCACAAAACCUUUAAAAUAUCACUUUAAAAAAUGUCACGUUAGCCUCAGGCCAGCUUAGCAGUUAAGCAGUUUUUUUUCAAACGAUAUUUGUAGCACCAACUUUAUCAAUUUUUUUUUUAGCGAAAGACAAUUUAAACUAAAAACAAUGGCUACCAACUGUGACUAUUGCAUUGCCAAGUGUUAGUGAUACAUGCUGUAUGAUAAUACGGAAAACUGUUGUGAUGCUAACAUGUCAGUGGGGCCUUUUUCGCCUUUUUCUCAAAUGUUUUCUCAUAGAGCAUAUAGAGACAUAUAGUCUUUGUGUCAAUUUUGAAGCAGAACGGAUUGUGGUAAACGUCGGUGUUACACGACAACAAAUUUAAUCCUUGUCCAUAUGCUAAAAACAAUGUAAUAUCUUUGUGUGUAUCUCAAAGCUACACAGGUUGCAAUAAAUAUCAAUCUCUUUUAUUUUCACUUUUGACAUUGCUAUUAUCCACAAGACUUCAAAAAUCAUGAAUGCAGCGUGCUAAUAUGUUAGCGAUGUGGGCAUAUGAUUAAAAAUGGCCAUUGUGACCAUGUCUUGAAUGUAGAAAAACAACUGGCAUUCAAGUAAUGUUUGUCUUUGUAUACUAGCAAAAAUGAAGCUUGUGGAGCAACAAUAUUGCAUCAAAAACACCAAAUCAGAAUAUUCUCAUUGUAUUCUUUUUUGAGAUAUACAUGAUUUGAUGCAUAUUUUCCCACAAGCUUGUUUAACUCUAACUUUGGGUAUCUUGAUAAAAAAAAAAAAACCAACAACAACAACAAACGCUAUGUCUCUGUUUGUGUAUGAGUGCCUCAAUCUGCUACGACUCACAUCUAUUAAUUUUCUAUUCAAUGCAGUAACUUACGGGCCAGUACAACCAUUAUAUUUACUCAGUACAAUGCAGUAACGGCAUCAACCACUUAUCAUGGCUAUAAUAAUACAACUAAUAACUAGUUACUUUGUCACCUUCCUCUUUUUUUCUUUUUACAGAACAAAAAUGUGUAAAGCUGAGUCAGGAAAAACAAGCCUUUUGAUAUGGUGUUUAAAAGUCUAAAAUGUUUUUCCACUCCAUGUAUAGUUGUGACUAUUCCACCCCUGUUUUAGAAUAAAUAAUGUUUUUGGUGCAAUUUAAUGUGAUUUAUGAAUGCUAUUUUUUAUUCUCCACUGACUCCUGGAGGAUUGUUUAGACUU